AUGCAACGCCUUUGGCACGAGGAGGGCCUGGACUUGCACCUCAUCCCCUAUGGUUGUGUUGCCACUUCAACCCUCUCGGGCCUGAUUGAGAUUGUACCAUACGCACGCACUGUUGCCAGCAUUCAAAAAGCUGCAGGCGGAUCUUUCUCGGCUUUUGCUGAGGAGCCCAUCUUAGACUGGCUGCGCAGCGAGUGCUUGAAUUCAGAGGAAAUGUUACAAGCCGCCCGCAACAAAUUCACUGUCAGCUGCGCUGGUUAUUGCGUGGCCACGUAUGUCUUGGGCAUCGGUGAUCGCCACAAUGACAACAUUUGUGUCACACCUUCCGGAGAUUUCUUCCAUAUUGACUUUGGACACUUUUUGGGCAACAUCAAGACCAAGUUUGGGGUCAAGCGGGAGCGGGCACCCUUUGUGCUCACGCCAGAUUUUGUCUUUGUGAUUGGCGGGCAAGAGAGUCGUGAGUUUGACGGCUUUAUCAAGAUCUGCGUGCAAGCGUACUUAGUGCUUCGACGCCACGCUCAGCUGUUGAUCUCCCUAUUCGCUAUGAUGCUCAGCACGGGCAUUCCCGAGCUGCAACAUGAAACCGACAUUGCGUAUCUGCGCCGGUCGUUGAAUCUCGACGCGCCCAGCGAAGCCCAGGCGGCCGCGGAUUUCAAGGAGCUCAUUUACAGUUGCCUAAAAUUGUCCUGGACGACACAAGUCAACUUUCUGAUGCACAACCUGGCACAUUGA